AUGUUCCGAAGAAUUUUGAAAAUCAAGGAUGCAGUCACUGCCUGUGUAGCGCUACUAAAUAUUACCAUAGAAUUACCAACAGAUGAAGAAUGGAAAAUUUUAGAAAAUGCUUGUGAAUCUUUAGAGAUAUUUGAUGAAAUUAGUCAACACACGGGCAGUGAGCAGAGAGUAACAUUAUUUGAAUUGAACCUGAUGCUUAAUGGGCUACGAGCACAAUUAGCUAGGCUCUACAAUAGUGAAGAGUUGCCGGAAACAGUUAGGAACAUGGUAAAAGACUUGUCAGAUGGCAUUAAAGAUAGGUUUGGUGUUUCUACUACGAAAGAUUUGUAUAAUGAAUCUAUGCUUCUGGAUCCUCGAUUCAAAAAAGAUGGAUUCAAUGUAAAUUAUCUGUAUGAGGAGACGAUAACAAGAGUACAAAAUAAAUUGAAAGCGAUUCCGCAUCCACAAGUUUCAGGAACAGACCCACAGUCGACAACGUCAGAGAAAAACUUACGACCUUCCAAUCGAAAACCCUCAAAACUGUUCGAGCCAUUUGACGAGAAAGUUGAAGAAAAAGUUAUGGCGCAGACAAGACCCGAAGCUCACAUCAUCGAACUGCAUAAGUUUUUGAGUGCUGAUAACUUACGAAGAGAUGAGAGCCCACUGAAGUGGUGGAGAAAAAACCGUCAAUUGACAAGAGGAAGGUUAUGCAUUCCAGCAACAUCUGUGCCGAGCGAGACGAUUUUCUCUAAAUGUGGACUUACGAUCACACAGCGAAGAAACUGCCUAAAACCCUCCAAAGUAGCAAUGCUCAUUUUCCUCAAAGUUAAUUGGUAG